CAAUCACAUAAUGUUUUUGCAGCGCUUUAUUGAAACACAAGUAUGGCGGUAGACAUGAUGCGACUGUAGCUAACUUAUUUGUGAGUAAGCCAUCACAAUUCACGUUUCAUGGAGAAGGAAUUGGAAAAGUACCGUGCCAGUAAAGCUGAGAAAUACAGAGAAGCUAGAAAGAGUUCGUGGAAACCUUCCUUUUCUCUCGAAGGGACAAGAAUCAGAAAAAUCACAAAAUGGUUUUCACCAGUGUUUUCACUGAAUUCUGACCAGACCAACGAGGAAACGUUUUCUUGGUUUAUUUUGUUCUUAAAACUUCUCUUCUGGAUCUUGCUUUGGGGUUUCUUCAUUCAAAUAGAGUUUGGAACGGUGUUUUUCUUUGUUUCAAUGUUUUACUGGGUGUAUGCGAGUAUGCAAGCGGGCAGCAGGAAAGCUUGGGAACCAAGCGCUUACUCGGUGUUCAAUGAAAACUGUGAAGCCAUUGAUGGAACGUUGAAUGCUGAACAGUUCGAACGGGAAUUGAAGUUUGGAGCAGGAUCCGUUUCAGCAAAUCCUGAUGUGCAUGUUGGGGAUAUUACUGGUUGACUGAGUCAAGUUUGCAGGGCUG